AAUAAAAGAAUCUUCCACAGCCUCUGUUUCUCAAACCAUCAAAAUGGACACAGUCAUUCACCUCCUUGUUCUUUCGAUGCUACCACAACUUGUAGCACCUGAAGCUCAGCUUAUGACCUCGUUCAAAGCUGAAGUGGAGAUAGUGUCAGGGGAUUCAAGGGUCUUCUCUGGAGAGGGUGUCCGGCUGAAAUGCAGCAUUCCCGAUGUCCACAGGUCCUCCUGGAAUUAUCUGUGGUUCAGGGGAUCUGAGCAGCUCCCGCAGUUUGGAGAACACCUCAUUCUGUGGAAAAUGAAGGUCCAAGAGAGUGGGAAAUACUACUGCCAAGGAGUGAGGGACACAGUCGUGGGAAACAUACACACCCUCCAAAGUCUGCCUUUGGAGAUUAACGUGGAUGGAGGGUGGGCUAUUCUGCAAGUGUCUCCUACACCUGGACUUGUAGGAGACACUUUAAUGGUCACAUGUCGCAUCCGAGGCACACCCCAACUUCAUGAGGUGAUUCUGUACAAAGAUGGCGUUGAAGUUAUGACACAAAGUGGCCUCAACCCACAUUUCUACCUGACCAACUUGACCCUUGAGGACCAAGGAAUGUAUUCUUGUAGGGCAUCCUGGGACGCAGACAGACGUACACGCUCCGUAAUUUCAGCUGACACUCCACUGCAGGUCUCAGAGGUUCUGUCGCAGCCAAUUUUGGAGAUUGUUGCCAAUGACAGCCUGAUUCCAGUAAAUAAGAUGAAGCUCAUCUGCCAUGUCCAAUACCAUGCCCAUGCUCCUGCCCCUCCAAUACACUACUACUUCUACAAGAAUAACAACCGUCUGGGAACAGCAACCUCUGAAAACCAUGAUCUGGUCAAACGGACUCCAGGCCAGUACAGCUGCAGGGCCAAGGUGCCUGAGUUGGGCAUCUCCAAGUGGAGUGAACCCAAAAGCAUGACAGGACCACAGACGAUGAGGCCUCCAACUCUUCAUUUUAGAGACCCACGGCCUUUAGCUCUCCCAAUCUCAUCCCCAGACCCUCCCCUACCUCCUGCAGCUGAGCCAACCACAGCCUUCCCUCAACGAUCCACUGCUACUCUUACUUUUAUUCAGCCUACUGAAGUGAGUUCCCAAUUGCCAGAUCCUACGCUGAAGCUAUUGCCAGUGCCAAGCACUCUGCCAUCUACAGUUCAGUCUCAAACUGCCGCUCCUUUCAAAAGAUAUGAGCUGUCCAAGGGAUCAGAUGAUAUGGUCAAAGAAUCAGGUGACUUUCUUGAAGGAUCAGGUGACUUUCCCGAAGGAUCGGGCGACUUUCCUGAAGGAUCGGGCGACUUUCCUGAAGGAUCAGGUGAUAUGCCUGAAGGAUCAGGUGAUAUGCCUUAGGACUCUCCAGACACUGUCCUCUGGUGAGAAGUUAUCAUAACUCACAGACCACUGCAGAAUUAAUUACCUUAAAUUUCAUGUCAUGAUCUCAUCUCUAUAAAACUAACAUGAUCAGUAGUGUUAGGAAGAUGUCACACUGGCUAAAGAAAAUAAAACAUUGCAUAAAACCUA